AUGGCCGCGAAGUCGGAUGGAGCGGCGGCCGCGGCCGGCCCGGGGCCGGAGGGGGCAGCCGGCGGGCUGUGCGCGCUGCUCGUGUUCUUCUCCGACGGCGCCACGGACCUGUGGCUGGCGGCCUCCUACUACCUGCAGGGCCAGCACACCUACUUCGGCCUCACGCUGCUCUUCGUGCUCCUGCCCUCGCUGGUCGUGCAGCUGCUCAGCUUCCGCUGGUUCGUCUACGACUACACGGAGCCAGCGGGGGCCCCGGCGUCGGCCGUCAGCACCAAGGACAGCAGCGCCGGCGGGCCUGCCGUCAGCACCAAGGACAGCGCCGUCGCCUUCCGGACCAAAGAAGGCAGCCCCGAGUUGGGGCCCCGGCCCGCGCCCGCCUCGGCCAGCGCCUACCGCCGCCGCUGCUGCCGCCUCUGCGUCUGGCUGCUGCAGACCCUCGUCCACCUCCUGCAGCUCGGCCAGGUCUGGAGGUACCUGCACGCGCUCUACCUGGGGCUGCAGAGCCGCUGGCGCGGGGAGCGGCUGCAGCGCCACUUCUACUGGCGGAUGCUGUUCGAGAGCGCCGACGUGAGCAUGCUGCGCCUGCUGGAGACCUUCCUGCGCAGCGCGCCGCAGCUCGUGCUGCAGCUCAGCCUCAUCGUCCACCGCAGCUACAGCGAGGGCGACAGCUUCAGCAACGCGCUGCAGCAGCUGCCGGUCUUCUCCACCUUCGCCUCGCUCCUGUCCCUGGCCUGGACACUGGCCUCCUACCAGAAGGUGCUCCGGGACUCACGAGAUGACAAGCGACCACUGUCCUACAAGGGCGCCGUGGUCCAGGUGCUGUGGCACCUGUUCACCAUCGCGGCUCGUGGCCUGGCCUUCGCGCUCUUCGCCAGUGUCUACAAGCUCUACUUUGGCAUCUUCAUUGUGGCCCACUGGUGCAUCAUGACCUUCUGGGUCAUCCAGGGAGAGACGGACUUCUGCAUGUCCAAGUGGGAGGAGAUCAUCUACAACAUGGUGGUGGGCAUCAUCUACAUCUUCUGUUGGUUUAACGUCAAGGAGGGCCGCAGCCGUCGCCGCAUGGCGCUCUAUUACUGCAUUGUGAUGCUGGAGAACGCUGCACUCACCGGCUUCUGGUACUCCAGCCGCAACUUUGCCACCGACUUCCGCUCGCUCAUCUUGGUCUGUGUGGUGGCCUCCAGCUUCGCGCUGGGCAUUUUCUUCAUGUGUGUCUACUACUGCCUCCUGCACCCCAAUGGGCCCAUGCUAGCCCCCCAGUCGCCUGGCUGCAUUUUCCCAGAGGCCCCAGGGCCCUGUAGUCCACCAGCUGACACUGUCACAAGCCCCCCAAGGUCCCUGCCAAGGACUACAGGCUCAGAGCGGGAUGGGGCUUCGGUGGGGGGUGAGCGGGCUGGGACCCCCACACCUCCUGUCUUCCAGGUGCGUCCUGGCUUACCUGGCACACCGGUAGCCCGCACCCUGCGGACAGAGGGGCCUGUGAUUAGGAUUGACCUGCCCCGGAAGAAGUACCCAGCUUGGGACGCUCAUUUUAUUGACCGGAGGCUCCGAAAGACCAUUCUGGCGCUGGAGGCCUCCUCGCCUGCCACGCCCCGGUUACAGUACCGGAGCAUGGGCACCUCCCCGGAACUGCUGGAGUAUGAGACCACGGUGUAG